ACUUGGCGUGCCCGUUAUUUUGGCAUAUAAACAUAACCCAAAAUAAUUCCUGUUUUUGUUUAUAAAUUUCGUAAAAGGCAAAAAAUGGUGUUUAAAAAACACUAAAAAAUUGAAUUCCUGACCUCUUUGAAUAAAUAAAUACACGAAUGAAAAAUAUUGACGACAUUUUUGGGCGAUUAUUGUUUGAAAAUGGAUUGGAUCUCUUCUUUAUGCAGAGUAUGUGUGGCUAAAACAAGUAAAAUGAUUUCUUUAGACAGCAGUUUCAAAGAGGCCCUCUCUGAAGAAAACGAAACUAAUGAGCAAAUUUAUCCAGAUACUUCAGUCCAGGAAGUUCUUCAUAAAGUGCUGCAUUUUACGGAACCUGUACCUAUCAAGUAUCCACGAUACAUAUGCUCAAUGUGUCUAAGUAUACUAAAAGUGGCAUACGACUUUAAAACACUUUUCGAAGAAUCCCACAAAGUGCUUGUUGAAAUUACAGGAACCAAGGAAGCAAACAAGAGUGAUUUACCAGUCUCAGUGGAAAUAAUCGCUGGUUCAAAUAAAUAUAAUUUAAAGGACUUGGUAAUUGUAGAGGAGCAAAAAAGUGAUCAGCUUAAUUAUAACGGGUUUUUAAGAAAUCUGGGAACAGUGAUAUCAGCGAGUUUUGGUCCUAAACUUGAACGUCCAACAGUUGGUCCUCCAGUGUUGGAGAUUCUAGAACGUCAGAAGGAAAUAUCUAAACCAGAUAAUUUAUCACCUGAAACUGACCAGGAUAAAGAAUGUGACAUUGAUUCUUAUAUUAUUGUAUGUAGUGGCGAUACUGAGGCAUUAGGUACGAAAAAGGCAGCAGUAGAUCUAGGAGAUAAUGAUGAUAUAAUACAGUCAGCUGCAAAGUUACAGUACGAGUGUAGUAUUUGCAAAAGAAUGUAUGGUUCGAAAACUAGAUAUCAAAAACAUGUUGAGGUUUGUGGUAAAGGAUAUCGAUUAGGUAAAGACGGCAAAGGAAAAACAUCGUUAGUAUCUUUAUUGCAAUGUAGAUUUUGUCCAAGAAUUUUCAAAGAAAGAAAAUUUCUAAAUUACCACAUGAAAACACACUUGCUGCCGUUUUUCAAGUGUGACAUUUGCAAUCAAAAGUUCAAAAGCAGAAAUGCUAGAAACUAUCAUAGAUCAACAAGACAUACUCAGUCGAUCUAUGUUUGUCAGAUUUGUGGAAAACAGUGCAAAACUGCAGCUACGCUAAGUGGACACGAACAAACCCAUAACAAAAAUUCAACGAUGUGCAUUUGCCCGGUGUGCGGAAAAUCUUUUCAUUACAAAGGAGGGUUGUACUACCAUAUGAAACAGCACACCAAAGAACGUAGGUAUAAAUGCGAUCAUUGUAAUAGAGAUUUCUAUACUCUGACAGCCAAGAAACGCCACAUAUUAACUCAUACUGGUCAGAGACCUUUCAGCUGUCAAUCUUGUGGGAAAGCAUUCUUUUCCAAAGGAGAACUGAAGAAGCACGAAUACACACAUACCGGACACCAUCCCUAUAAGUGUGAAUACUGCCACAAAACAUUCACUUCUUCGUUUAACAUGAAAAUACACUGGUUUAAUCACACUGGUACCUUUGAUUGCGAGCAUUGUCCAAGAAGAUUUAUUACUAGUAAGGUUUUAGAGUUCCAUUAUAAAGUAAAACAUAAAAAGCUUAUCGAAAAGCCUGAUGGUAACUAAUUUUUGUAGUUUGUAAGAAUAAGACUGUAUUUUUUUUACUUUAAAAAUAAACUUAAGUGCAAUAUUA